AGCAUGUUUGCAAUAAUCUUUCUUCAGGCGCAAUUCCUUGGGAGCUGCCACAAUGGUGCACAAGAUUGUGAUGGUCAGACAUGGAGAGAGCACUUGGAAUCAGGAGAAUAGGUUCUGUGGCUGGUUCGAUGCUGAUCUUAGUGAAAAAGGAGUGCAAGAGGCACAUGCUGCUGGGAAGGCCCUGAAAGAAGCAGGUUACAAAUUUGACCUUGCUCAUACCUCAGUGCUUAAGAGAGCCCAAAACACUUUGGAUGUGAUUCUCGAAGAGAUUGCCCAGACCAACAUCCCUGUUGAGAAGACAUGGCGGCUUAAUGAGAGACACUAUGGAGCUUUAACUGGCUUGAACAAAGCAGAAACUGCUGCAAAGCAUGGAGAAGAACAAGUGAAAAUCUGGAGGAGGAGUUUUGACAUUCCACCUCCACCAAUGGAAGAAUCUCACCCAUACUAUAAAAUCAUUGUGGAAGAUCCCCGCUACAAGGAUGGCCCUUCAAUUGCUGAAUUCCCCAUGUUUGAAUCUCUCAAGCUCACUAUUGAAAGGACCUUGCCAUAUUGGAAUGAUGUCAUUGUACCACAGAUCAAACAAGGAAAGAUGAUGCUCGUUGCUGCCCAUGGGAACAGCCUCCGUGGCAUUGUGAAACACUUGGAUCAGAUGACGGAUGAAGCCAUCAUGCAACUGAAUCUUCCGACGGGGAUCCCAUUCGUCUAUGAACUUGAUGAAAACAUGCAUCCACUGAAAUCCAUGCAAUUCCUUGGGGAUGAGGAGACAGUGCGCAAGGCUAUGGAAGCUGUUGCUGCGCAAGGAAAGGCAAAAUAAAGUUCAAGUCACACCUAUCUUCUCACAGAUCUGGACCAGUGUACUCAUGAAUAUGAAUGUCCUAGUCAGCUUUAGGAUCUCCCUCCUUCCCCCUCAUAAUAUGAUUGUAACUCUUUUGGAAAAAUCACCAUCGACCUGAAUAAGGUAGCAUUGCACCAUCUGAAUGUGUUAGUUGAUUAUAUGUGGCUUUUAGUUUUGAUCUAAGUGCCACUUCCCUGGAGGAAUGUUAAUUGCCUACUUGGCCACUUCAAGUGAGGAAUGUCUACCCACAUGUUGAACUGCCAUCUUAGUUUUGUAGGGAUUUUUCUAAAAUUGUGCAUGCAAUUUUAUUUUGGUGAAUUCUCCAAGCUUGCUGUGAAGUUCCUGUUUCAUUGAAGUUCUUUUCUUUGCAAGGAAUGUCAGUGCAAUAAAAUGGAUUCCACAACCUUAAUUCACUUUAAAUCUCAUGCUUGAUCUGGAAUAUGGCUAAAUUUCAUUCUACUUUAAUGCAGUGUCAUGACAAAAGAGCUAUGUAUGGGCCCAGGAUAUUGAGCAGUAUCACAAGUGAGCUAAAUGCAUGUGCAUAUUUCCUGUUGUAUUAGUUGUGGUUUGGUUUGGAUUAAAACUUGUUUCAGGAAACUUGCUCACCACUAUUAUAUUUCAAAUUGACAGCAACUGGUUUGGUUGAGGUGUAUACGG